GAAACAUCAUGAUUUUAUUGGUCGAAUCGUGACUAGGCUUUCUUUUUGAGCACAAUUGGCUUUGUCUCAAGUACCUGUCUGAUUUAUCAGUUCUUUUUUUUUUUCUACAUGGUCAAUAAUUCCGAAGAAUUAAAGACGAUCGAGACCACAGCAAGGCUAUUAAAAAGCUCCCUUAUGUCACAAAAUUCUACGCGCUUAAACUCCAAAUGGAGCAGUAAACCACGUCAACAGGACUUUAGCUCCAUGGAUGACAUUAAACCUACUACAAAAACCAUUCUGAAAAGACCUACACCCGUCGUAACCCAUAACAGCAUUGGUACGAGGCGUCAGAGUCAAAAUACCCCACCUGUAAAGACAACGUCUGUCACUUCACCCAUUCCUGACAGCAACAACAAUAAUAACUGGGCUGCUGACACUAAUAAUAAUAACUGGGCCUCUGACAGCAAUAACAAUAACUGGACCGCUGACAGCAAUAACAAUGAAUGGAGUGAUGUUACUAGUUGGGAUAAUACUACUGAUAAGAGUAGUAACUAUUCCACCAAGCAUGAAAUUAGCCCUAGAAUAGCCGAUAGAACCCCACCCAGAUCCAGACCUAGGACAAGAGACCAAACGAUUGAUUCAGUUAGUCAUGUGAAGAUUGCCCCAUUUAUCACCAGAUUUGAAGAUAUAAAGUCUGAAGCUAUGAAUUCUUGGGAGGAAGGUGUAGAUUUACGCUUGGAAAUGCGUCCACCAACAAAAAAGAAGCCAACCGAAUGGCUGAAAGAUAGUGAAUUUGUAUCCAAUAAUUCUAUCACAUCACCUGUAACAAAUAACAUUUCACCUGCGUGGCUUCAAACUACAUCUAGUAAAAAAACUUACGUUGAAGCUGCAGAGAAUCGUAUUCAAGACAGAAAAACUCCUGAAUGGGCUUUGGAAGAUGGAGGAGGAAGAGCUAUACAACCGCAAGCAAUGGAAAUGCCUUAUGGCUACCAGCAGCAGCAGCCUUGGGCCCCUAAUUCACAUAAUAUGCAGCACAUGAUGAUGAUGCCCUCACCUUAUAUGCAAAUUCAACCUACGAUGUAUCCAACGUCACGGGACAAUGAAUACUUUCAGUAUUUUUAUAAGGUCGUGCGGGAUUGCAACAUCCCAAAUACUAUAGUUGCGUUUCAAAAAAAGGUUGAAAAGAUAUUACGAUAUUUACCUGAAUUUUCUCCGCGUACUUUUGCAAAACUGUUGGAAGCUCUAGUACCUGUCUUGAAAUACGAAAUAUCUCAAAAGCAAUUACAAACCGCCCAAUGUAUUCGUGAAGCAUGGCAGUUCUUUGUCUACUAUUUAACUCGACAUUUGCAAGCUUAUGCAAACACUCCUGAGGAUUUGGUAUCUGCAGUGACAGUUUGCAGCAGUUUAAUAUACCAUACACCAAAGAUAUAUAAAGAAUUACCUAUGGCUGAUAUCAUGCGUCUCUUUGAAUCAGUAAAGGAUAUGUUUACAGCUGAUUUGAACAAGGAAUGUCUGAAGCACUUAAGAUUAUUAAAAGCUAUCCCCGAUACAAAGGAGACUUCUUGGCGCGAUAUGGACGAACGCUUACCUUCCAUCCCCUCUGCAGAAACAAUUGUAGAAGACGCUAUAAACAAGGUCAAUGUCUUGAUUGACUACGAAGCCAAGAAAGAAAUUUAUAUUGCCAAUAAGGCCCACAAUCCAUGGCCGAAUGUUGAUUUACUCAAUUAUUCAUUAGUUCAUUUUAUGAUGCUUCGCGAGGAACUUAUUCGUCCUAUACAAAACACUAUCCAUGAAUAUUUUACUGGAAAACCUGCUCACGAUUUUGAAAUGCCUUUUGGUUGCGCCGUGUUUGAAGGUACUAAGCCGAAAGCUACUACUCUUCUUGUUUCUAGUUCAGAGGUUGCAGUGGUAUUUAGUUUAGGAACUCCUUUACUUCAUGAUGAAAUCAUUGAUAGUUUUCAAGAAGGCUCUUUUGUGAUUAUUUUGCCCGAGUCACAAUCCCCCUUUAACUUAUCCGAUCGUCAUAAUGAAAUGAUGUUGGUCGCAAAGGGUUCUAUGAUGGGCCAUGCAAUUCGAGCUGCCACUUCAAAGUCUAGACGAUUAGUAUCAAUUCAUAUCAAUAAGGAUGACAUUGGUCGUAUGGAUUGGUCCUCUACUUAUACUUUGGUCACUUGUCGAACCAAUGCCACCUCCACUCUUUCUGUUUUGUCUUGGUUGCACAAGGAGUACGUUGGUUUGAAAAAGGAACGAUUCUCAGCUGUGUUAACCCCACGUAUCCUUGCUGCUAAUAACAUUUUGUCUGAUUCUCAAUUGACGGCUUGGGAUGCAGAAAAUACCGAAAGUGCACUGGCUACUAAUCAAGAUGCGGUUCCUGAUUAUCUAACAGGUGUUGAAGUUGAUGUUUCUUGUCUGAUGGCGAAUCGGGGAUAUUAUAAGGCAAGGCCAGGAGAGAAUAGUUGGCCUCGUCAUGCGAGUGAAUGGGAAAACGUUUCACCUUCUAAGCGACCAGCUCUCUACAACAUAUCACCUAGUCAGCUUACAGCUAUCAAGUUUGCUAUGUCACAUCGUAUCGCUGUUAUCUCGGGUGCACCAGGCACAGGUAAAACAUUUAUUGCCAGUAAAUUAGCAAUAAUGAUGAGUGGUGCUUUAAACGCAGGGCAGUUUCAUCAACCGGUGCUUAUUAUCUCUAAAAGUCAAUCUUCUUUGGAUGAUAUUUUAAAAAAUGUACUCAGGUCGGUACCUGAUGUUAUUAGAUUUGGUGGAGAGCCUUGGGAUGCAACUCUUUUAACGAAACAAGCGACAAAAUUGGUAGAACCUAUAGUUGUUUCUGAUGCAAACCAUCGUCACCAUCAACACUGGGAACGUCAGUUAUGCAAGAAUCAGAUGAAACUGAACGCAUUGUUUAUUGCCAGAUUUCAAGCAUUUGAACAUGAUCCUGCUGUGUUAUCUACAGCUAUCUCACCUCAAUAUCUCAAGUGUUUACAAGAAGGGUAUAUGAAGAACCAAAGACAAACUUAUACGCCCAACGAUUUAGCUAUCUGGAAAUUAUGGGCAGCUUUGGAUGACAAGACCAAUAAUUACCCUGCGGCUCAAGCUCAAUCUAGAGAAUUGGAUCUUGCCCAAUUCGCUUUGGAAAGCGCUUAUUUGAAAAAGACAGGUCGUGGGUUGAUGCCUAUUGUUGACACUACGUAUAUCCAAAAAAGAUUUGGUUUUAUCGGUAAUAGUCCAAUGCAUGUCUUACCUAUUGUGGAAUCAACCAAAUGGCCUUUCGAAGAUUCUUCGAGAUCUAGCCAUGAUUUGCGAGCUGAAUUGAUUCAGGUAUGGAAACGCAUUCCUUUGGAAAAGGUUUGGGCAGCGUCUAAAGAAGAAAGAACGGCUAUCAUCGAUGCCCUUGCUAAUGUCUUGAUUCACUAUAUUGAUCAAGAAAUCCAUGAUAUCAUUCAAGACCAAAACAAAGUUGCAAAGUCAUUUGAUGAAAGCCUUAUACAAAAAUGGGUCUAUCUCUGUCGCUUCAAUCGGGUGAUAGGUUUAACUGCAGAUUUCGCUGCCACUCACCGUGAUUUGAUAUCGAACUUAUGGCCUCGUGCUGUGAUAGUGGAUGAAGCUUCUGAGAUACUUGAGUCUACCUUAGUCUCGACUAUUUUAGGUCCGAGAACUGAACAUGUCGUAUUAUUAGGAAAUAAUGAUAGCUUAGCAAAACCUCCGUUAAUCAAUGCUGGUUUGACAGGAAAUCCCAGAAACUUGGAUGUUUCUUUGUUUGAAAGAUGGAAAAGAUCUGGUAGCGAAAUGGUUUUACUUGAAGAACAAUGGCGUAUGCAUACCGAAGUGGCUAGUAUUGUCAACCAGUUCAACAGUAUCAAAGAUGAUAAUGCAGACUUAUUGAUCACCGCGCCCUUGGCUUCAUGUAAUGAAAAUAUGGUGGAUGGAAGUAAACCUCAAGCUGAAAAAUUAUACGGUAUUACACAGCGUGCAUUUUAUCUUAAAUAUCAACAAUCGGCUGAUUCCAGGAGAUCUGCUGCUUACUCUCUCUCGUUGGCUACGGAUUUAACUGAGGCUGAGGUGGAUGAAGCAAGAUUUGUGGCCUUCUUUGCUGUUUAUCUCAGUCAACAACCUUAUCCAAAAGCGAAUAUCACCAUUCUCACAACCAAUUUCCUGCAAAAAUUCUUAGUUCGUGCUAUUUUGCGUGAUGAAGCUCCUAAAAGAACUUGUUUCAAGAGCAAUAUUAGCAAGAUUUCGAUUGAUACGAUUGAACAAAAUGUAGGCAGAGAAGACGAUUUUACAAUUAUCUCUACAGCAACUCCAGGCUAUUCUUUCUCGACAUUUGACAAUGUGUCAAACGCGCUGACUCGAUCUAAAUACGGUAUCUUUGUGAUUGGAAAACCUGAAGUGGACGAUGUUCACCAGCGUUGGAAGGACUUUGCUGCUUAUAUGGAAAGCAGGGAUUUAGCAGGCCCUCACAUCCAAUUAACUUGUCAUGCACACGGAGAUACCUUUUCUGUUAGCAAAUGGCAAGAUUUUGACCAAGUAAGAAAUGGUGGUUGCUCCAUGCCUUGUAAUACCUUGAUGAGUGAUGGUCAUGUAUGUCAAGAGACCUGUCAUUUCUUGAGUCAUGAGGAAAUUAUUUGUAAAGAGCCUUGUAAUCGCCCUCGACCUAGUAGAUGUGAUCAUGUUUGUAAGCAGAAAUGUUUCGAAUGCAGUAAAAAUGGUACUUGCGCUCCGUGUAAAGAAGAAACUACCGUCAUGAUGAGAUGUGGUCACCCGCUGACUGGCAUCUGUCAUACACUUCAAAAUUUGGACGAUGUUGACUGCAAAGCACUAGUCCGUGUCGUUUUACCUUGUGGCCACGAAAUCGAAACAGAAUGUCACAAUACAAAGUUUAUCAGGAAGAUUAAAUGUAAUGUUAGAAGUACUGUUUGGCUGGAUUGUGGACAUGAAGUCAUUGCACAAUGUGGUGUUCCUACUGCUUGUACAGAAGUAUGCGAUCAGUUUUACGAAUGUGGGCAUCCCUGCAAAGAAAUGUGUGGUAUUGAACACUCUCAUGAUCGUAACAAAUGUGAUGCAACUUGUCCCAAACAACUUAUUUGUGGCCAUGGAUGUGACAACGGUUGUGCAAAUCCUGAUAGACAUACCGAGCGUUGUAUCGAAAAGUGUAAUUACGUUUGUUCUCACGAAUAUAAAUGCAGUAGAGAAUGUUGGAGAGACUGCAUUAAAUGUGUUAGUGCUUGUCCUUACAAAUGUGAUCACUACAAAUGUUCAAAAAAAUGUUAUGAGAUUUGUGAUCGACCUCCCUGUAACCACGCUUGUAAACUCAGGCUCGACUGCUCCCAUGCAUGUCCUGGUUUAUGUGGCGAGCCUUGCCCUCCUUGUAGUAUCUGCUUCUCGGAGCUUAAAUGCUCUAUUUCACUUCGUACUCUUUCUGAAUUCGAUCAUGGUGAAAAGGUUUACGCUUUACCUGAAUGUGGAUGUGUCUUUUCUGUGGAGUCACUUGACAUGUAUUUUUUAAAUCAAGCGAAAAACGGAGAUCAUACAGCCAUCAAAUUAUGGGGAUGUCCGACAUGUCAAAAGACUAUUUACCGUGCCUUCAGAUAUCAAAAAUACAUUAAGACGGAAAUUGGCCUAGUCAAUGCUAUCAAGACUCAAAUUGAGAAAGAACGACAAAAGUUGACUUUCAAUGAGAAGACACAAAUUAUCAAUGCAAUGAACGAUGAAACUAAACACGGAAUACAUAACAUGGUGGGUGGUAGAUGGUUUGUUUGUCCAAACCAACAUCCUUACUUUGUUGGUGAUUGUGGUGGAGCGACUCAAAUAAGUAAGUGUCCUGAAUGUGAUGCUCCCAUUGGCGGAACACAACAUAGAGUGGUUGAAUCCAAUCGUUUCUAUGGCGAAUUUGAUGGAUCGAAUGCACCCGCUUGGCCCGGACAGCCUGACAGACCAUAAAAGCUCUCUUUCUUUGCACUGUUAACAAUACCAAUAAAAUUACUCUUUUUUUUUUUUUUACAAAAA